AGAAAUCCGAAUGUUCAGUUAUCCACAGUUUCAUCCCCAAUUGUGCUGCCUCAUUGACGCAGGGAUAGGAUACAAAAACACACUCACCUCCUUCUUCACUAGUCUUAACCAUCACCAAUGGCAGUCUCUGCAACACCAUCUUCUCUUUCUUCAUUCUCUUCCCUCUCUCUUUACACAACCCCUCCCCGCUUCUCUCUCUUCACCCAGACCCAAUUCCCCUCUCUCUCCUCCACUCUCUCCCUGUCUCUCUCCACAAAACUCAAGCCCAUCAAAGCCCAAGAACAAGAAGAGGAACAACAACCCACUAUAACUGACCAAGACACAAUCUUUCUCGCAAAUGAUGACCUAGACGGGGUUUCUACAUUUGACCCACCAGAAAUCCCUGAAGGGUAUGAACCCCCACCCUCAUUUGAUGAUGGGCCUCAAGAAACAGAGGAUGAAAUUGCUGCUGCUUAUGAAGAGCUUUAUGGGCCUGCUUACAGUGGGGUCUCUUUGCUGGGGAAUGAUAUUUAUGUGAUGGAUUCGAAAGUGAAGAAGACUGGGGCAUUGGGGAAAAUCAAGAAGGAGAAGGUGAGAGAUGGUUUCGAUGAGAGGGUGAUUCAGGUGAGGAGAGUGACUAAAGUUGUCAAAGGGGGGAAGCAAUUGCAUUUUCGGGCGGUGGUUGUUGUGGGUGAUAAGAAAGGGCAAGUUGGAGUCGGGGUUGGAAAGGCUAAGGAGGUUGUUGCCGCUGUUCAGAAAUCGGCUACCAAUGCACGGAGGAAUAUAGUUACCGUGCCUAUGACUAAGUAUUCUACGUUUCCUCACAGAGCUGAUGGAGAUUAUGGGGCAGCAAAAGUGAUGCUUAGACCUGCAUCCCCUGGUACUGGAGUGAUUGCUGGUGGUGCUGUUAGAAUUGUUCUUGAAAUGGCAGGUGUUGAGAAUGCAUUAGGCAAACAGCUUGGCAGUAACAAUGCCCUCAACAAUGCAAGAGCCACAGUUGUUGCUGUGCAACAGAUGAGACAAUUCAGUGAAGUUGCUCGUGAUCGUGGUAUCCCAAUGGAAGAACUGUGGAAGUAAUUUAAUGUGCUAAUUCAUUUUAUAUUGUCUGGCUUUAGAGAAUAAUUAUUGGAAAGUUGUAACUUCAUUUCCUUGUACACUUAUCUUUUCUAAAUACAAAUCCAAUGUCUCUCUUUCA